AGGGGGAGGACGCGGGGGUCUAAACUUUUCUUUCUCUUUUCCUCCCCCGGCGGGGAGAGAGGGAGGGGGGGAGGGGUGUUGUGAGGGAAUGCUCGGCGGAGCGCGAAGCGGAACAGGCAGACGAGCGAAAGGAGGGACAAAGAACGACGCGCACAUUUGCGGCUCCUGACGCGGACACUUUGGUAACUUUUUUUUUUUGUGUGUGGUUAUUUUCUUUGUUUAAAAGGGAAGAAUAUGCGCGGCGUUUCGGCGUGUGUGUGUACGCGGCUGGUCCGUGAACGCAUCGUGGAGGUGUAGCGGCACGUCGAGGGGGAGCGUUCAGGAGCGUGUUGUGACGGUGGGAAAUUCGUGUCGAGGCGCCCACGCGUCCCCUUGAGACAACUUCUCGAAGACUUUGUAUUUUUUGUCAACUUUCUUAUAGCGUGUGAGAGCCGAUCAUGUGCUGCUGCUGCUGCUGCUGCUGGAAGGCUAAGCGCUCCCCCCAAGCAUGAGAUGCUGCUGCCGGGCCCUGGCACUUCUCCCCUGGGUGCUGGUGGCCUUGGACGCUCAGCUCAUCUGCUGGCAGGCGCUCCUGCGCUGCCACGACGAGCCCGAGUGCGACCUCGCCUACAGCCAGUACUUCGCGGCCUGUGAGGGCAACAUCCGGGGCACCAGGCGCCAGUGCCCCAGCCACUGCAUCAACGCCCUCAUCCGCCUCAACCACACCCGCAGCGGGCCCGACCUGGAGAGCUGCGAGUGCGCCCAGGACCCGGAGUGCCUGGGCGCCAAGCGGGCCAUCGAGCCGUGCCUCCCGCGCAGGCACCCCACGGACGCCGGCGGCAUCGGCUGCAUGGAGGCCCGCCAGCGCUGCGAGGAGGACACCCACUGCCACACCUCCCUGGCCGCCUACCUGGCCUACUGCGGGCAGCUCUUCAACGGGCGCAAGUGCUCGUCCAAGUGCAAGGCCACCAUCCAGCAGAUGCUCUACAUCCCCAACGGGGCGCUGCUCAACCGCUGCGUCUGCGACGGCGUGGAGAGGCCCUUCUGCGAGGUGGUCAAGGAGAACAUGAGCAAGCUCUGCGCCAUGGGGGACCAUCACGGGGUCAUCUCGGACCAGCCGGAGGCGGACGACGUGUACGAGGACGAGGAUUACGACCCCAGGCAGGACAGGGAGGAGGACUCCAGCGACCAUUCCGAGGCCGCUCAAAGGUUGUCCGGCUUUGGGACGCUCCUGGUCGUCUCUUUGGGAUUUAUGUGGCUCUGAGACGGAUGGAAUAACCUUGUUUUCUCCCAUGGACACCGAAAAUGCUCCUUAAGGACUUUCAACAAAAGUCAAACUGAAGACCACCGGACCUUUUCCUCAUUGGGAACGUUCAACCUGACAUCUGACAGACCUGGAUUAAGUGGACUUUUGGAUUCCAGGACUGAUGUUUUGAACUAGAACACAGGAGGUAAACAAGAACCUCAUCCAUCUAUCCAUCUUCUUCCGCUCAUCCGAGGUCGGGUCGUGGGGGCAGCAGCGAACUGAAGACCACCGGAACUUUUUCCUCAUUGGGAACGUUCAACCUGACAUCUGACAGACCUGGAAUAAGUGGACUUUUAGAUUCCAGGACUGAUGUUUUGAAGGAGCUAAACAAGAACCUCAUCCAUCCAUUCUCAACCUCUUCCACUUAUCCGAGGUCGGGUCGUGGGGGCAGCAGCGAACUGAAGACCCACCGGACCUUUUUCCUCAUUGGGAACGUUCAACCAUGACAGACCUGGAAUAAUUGGACUUUUGGAUUCCAGGACUGAUGUUUUGAAGGAGCAAAACAAGAACCUCAUCCAACCAUUCAUCUCCUUCCGCUCAUCCGAGGUCGGGUCGUGGGGGCAGCAGCGAACUGAAGACCCACCGGACCUUUUUCCUCAUUGGGAACGUUCAACCUGACAUCUGACAGACCAGCAUUGAAACCUGGAAGAAGUGGACUUUUGGAUUCCGGGACUGAUGUUUUGAACUGGAACACAGGAGCUAAACAAGAACCUCAUCCAUCCAUUCAUCUACUUCCGCUUAUCCGAGGUCGGGUCGCGGGGGCAGCAGCCUAAGCAGGGAAGCCCAGACUUCCCUCUCCCCAGCCACUCCGUCUAGCUCCUCCCGGGGGAUCCCUUAAGGACUUUCAACAAAAGUCGAACUGAAGACCACCUGACUUUUUUUCCUCAUUGGGAAUGUUCAACCUGACAUCUGACAGACCAGCAUUGACACCCGGAAGAAGUGGACUUUUGGAUUCUGGGACUGAUGCUUCGAACUAGAACACAGGAGGUAAACAAGAACCUCAUCCAUCCAUCCAUCUUCUUCCGCUUAUCCGAGGUCGGGUCGCGGGGGCAGGGAAGCCCAGACUUCCGUCUCUCCAGCCACUUCGUCCAGCUCUUCCAGGGGGAUCCCGAGGCGUUCCCAGGCCAGCCGAGAGACAUAGUCUUCCCAACGUGUCCUGGGUCUUCCCCGUUGCCUCCUACCGGUCGGUCGUGCCCUCAACACCUCCCCAGGGAGGCGUUCGGGUGGCAUCCUGACCAAAUGCCCGGACCACCUCAUCCUAUCGACCGGACAUGUGCCUUGUGGGGUCCCUCCCACUAACAUUAGAUUCGGGAGUCCCACUGACAGUUUGUCCUGGAUUAAGUCCUCAAGUCCACCAUUGCGGAUUACCACAAACUUUUUGGACUGACCGUUAUUUGAGGAUCUAAAUCCGACACCACCACUAAAGUCCGACUGCAUCUGAGACUUUGCCUUUUCGGUGUCAGCUGCCAUUUGUUUACUUUGGUGUCAAUGGUCCUUGGAGUGGAGUUUUUUUUAAGACCUUCGACAAAUAUUUGGCCUCCGCCAUUCACAUUUAUAUUUGUCAUAGGGACAGAAGUCAAGUACUCCAAUUAACUGAAGCACCCAAACACAACUGGGUCCCCCUCCCUAUUCGGCCCCCUUGUUCCCACAUGUGAGAUUGUUUUAUGGACCUUUUCCUCCCCAGAACACCACCCCUCCUUCCUCUUCCUUCCCCUGACUUUGCGCCUUCAAAUAGCCCCCCCCCCCCGCCUGCUUUUUAUUACCCCGCUCCUCCAGCUUCUCGUCACCACCCUCACAAAAAUAACAACGCUCAUUGCUAAAUAUUUGCCUUACAUGAUGUUAAAUAUGAAAGGGCAAACUAUUAGAAACAGCUGACUAAGGUUUUUGUGUCACCUGCAUUUUCUUCCAAGGUCCUCAUGUUAUACUACUUAAACCAGGGGUGUCAAACUCAUUUUAGAUCGGGGGGGUCCACAUGGAGAAAAAUCCACUCCCAAGUGGGCCGGACUGGUAAAACCAUGGCUUUGAUAAGGUAAAAAUAAAGACAACUUCAGAUUGUUUUCUGUUGUUUAAAAAUAGAACAAGCACAUUCUGAAAUUGUAUUACAAAUCGUAAUGUUGUUGUUGUUGUUGUUUAAAUUACCUGUUGCGGUCAAUGGUAUAUACUGUAUACUUUUUUUGUCGCUAUUUAUAUUUUCUGAAUAAAUUAUGUGAUAAUGACAAUAAUCAGUCAACUCAUUGGUGUUGAUUUUCAAUCCAUCAAGAUGAAAGAAUUAUAUUAAAAUCAAAUUACAGUAUGUUAUUUAUGCACCGUCUUUUUCGGAGUAUAAGUCGCUCCGGCCGAAAAUGCACAAUAAAGAAGGAAAAAAACAUAUAUAGGUCGCACUGGAGUAUAAGUCACAUUUUUUGGGGGAAAUGUAUUUGAUAACACCCAACACCAAGAAUAGACAUUUGAAAGGCAAUUUAAAAAAAAUAAAGAAUAGUGAACAACAGGCUGAAUAAGUGUACGUUAUAUGAGGCAUAAAUAACCAACUGAGAACGUGCCUGGUAUGUUAACGUAACAUAUUAUGGUAAGAGUCAUUCAAAUAACUAUAACAUAUAGAACAUGCUAUACGUUUACCAAACAAUCUGUCACUCCUAAUCGCUAAAUCCCAUGAAAUCUUACACGUCUAGUCUCUUACGCGAAUGAGCUAAAUAAUAUUAUUUGAUAUUUUACAGUAAUGUGUUAAUAAUUUCACACAUAAGUCGCUCCGGAGUAUAAGUCGCACCCAAACUGUUAUAGUCUGAAAAAUACGGUAGUUUGAUCAUUUUCCUCGACUGACGUACUAACAUCAUGUGGUUUAUUUUGUACAUAUGUAGCAUCAUCUACAAAGAUACAAAAAAUUGCUAUGGUGACAUCUAGUGGACACAUUUAGAACAGCAGUUUUUUCAUUCAAAAAUUUCAGGUUGAUUUUUAUACUUAGCAAACUCAUCCCGCGGGCCGGAUAGAAACCUGUUUGCGGGCCCCGGGGCCGUAUGUUUGACAUCCCUGACUUAAACAGUGUGUGCUUGUUACGCAUCUGUAGCUUUAAUGCUAACGACAUGUGUUGGUCUCUCGCAGAUUAAGUCGGUCUGGAAAUACCGCGCCUGACAACGUAAUGUAAAAGGAAUGGGACAGUUAAUGUUAGCGACACUUGUAUUGCUAUGUGAGAUAAAGUGCUAACAUGACUCAGCUACUUAACCUCUAAAGGCCUUAGUGGCCACAUGCGUGGACAUCACCUUUUAGCUCUUAUUUCCAAAAUUGUGUACACUACUGAAAUUGGGGUCUUAUGCCGACAUAUGGACACUUAUACUGCCAUCUGGUGGUGUCAGAAGAGUAUAACAUACAAUGGAAUUUGGGGAAAAAGUGUACAAAUAAAAAUGUGCGUGUCACUACACAUGAAGUACACGUUUGUGUACUUAUGGACUAAGUACAUCAUAUAAAAAGAUGAUUCUUAGUUUUUAUUCUAAUUAGGGUCCAAUAAGCCCAAAUAGCAAAGAGAAAUAAAAAAAACAUGUAAAGAAACAGCUUGGGCCUUAAGAGGUUAAUGGCAGUUUUUCUAAAAAAAAACAUUUUUUUAAUUAUUUUUCGCCAAAAUAUCUAUUGAAAACUUGAAAUAAUAAAAAAAAAAAACACACUUUAAAAAACGAAAUAACUUUUAUCCAUCCACAUCGUUCUUUAUUGACAUUCAAAGUUUUCAUUUUAGCUUUCAACCCGGGUGGCAUAUUGGAGAUUACAUUGCCGUGACUAAAUAAAAAAGGGUGUGAUUUCUUUGGGCAUCUAACGAUUCGAUCUGGUGACGAUUCGAUUCAGAAUCGAUUCCUGAUAGAAGCCUGAUUCUCGCAACGAGUAAUAAUUAUAAUGACACCUUUUCAAAACAGGUUACAUGUUAGAAAAUCUAUUUUUGGUUGCAUGGAGAUGGCUUAAAAAUGUAUUUAAAAAAAUUGAUCCUUGUAAUUAAAAGUAUAUAUAUAU